AGUUUUAGAAUGCCAAGGGCUGCCCAUUGUGAACGGGCAAUGUGAUCCCUACGCCACUGUUACUUUAGCAGGACCCUCCAGAUCGGAAGCCAAAAAGACUAAAGUUAAAAAGAAGACCAACAAUCCGCAUUUUGAUGAAGUGUUUUAUUUUGAGGUCACAAGACCCAGUAGCUACAACAAGAAAUCCCAUUUUGAUAUUGAAGAUGUUGAUGAAGUUGACAAAAUGGAGAUUAGAGUUGAUCUUUGGAAUGCCAGUAACUUGAAGUUUGGAGACGAGUUUCUAGGAGAACUGAGACUCCCUUUGAAAUUUCUCCGACAGUCUAGUUCUUACGAAGCAUGGUAUUUUCUGCAGCCCAGAGAUAAUGGUAACAAGUCAUUGAAGCCUGAUGACCUCGGUUCCUUAAGGUUAAAUGUGGUUUACACUGAGGACCAUGUUUUUUCCUCAGACUAUUACAGUCCACUUAGAGACCUCCUGCUAAAAUCCGCAGAUGUCGAGCCUGUUUCAGCAUCAGCUGCACACAUUUUGGGUGAAGUUUGCAGAGAAAAACAGGAAGCAGCCAUACCUCUUGUCCGGCUUUUCUUACACUAUGGCAGAAUUGUGCCUUUCAUAAGUGCCAUUGCGAAUGCUGAAGUGAAGAGAACUCAAGAUCCAAACACCAUUUUCAGAGGAAACUCAUUAACUUCCAAGUGCAUUGAUGAGACAAUGAAACUGGCAGGGAUGCAUUAUCUGCAAGUUACACUAAAGCCAAUUAUAGAUGAGAUCUGCCAGGUCCAUAAACCUUGUGAAAUUGAUCCUGUGAAAUUAAAAGAUGGUGAAAACCUGGAAAAUAACAGGGAAAAUCUGAGGCAAUAUGUUGAUCGCAUUUUUACUGUAAUUACAAAAUCUGGUGUAAGCUGCCCUACAGUGAUGUGUGAUAUUUUCUUUUCACUGAGAGAAUCAGCUGCCAAACGUUUUCAAGGUGACCUAGAUGUGAGGUAUACAGCUGUCAGCAGCUUUAUUUUCCUGAGAUUCUUUGCUCCUGCCAUUCUUUCUCCAAACCUCUUUCAGCUCACACCACACCAUCCAGAUCCUCAGACAUCUCGAACUUUGACACUUAUCUCUAAAACCAUUCAAACACUAGGCAGCCUAUCAAAAUCUAAAUCUGCCAAUUUCAAGGAAUCCUACAUGGCUACUUUUUAUGACUAUUUUAAUGAGCAGAAAUAUGCAGAUGCAGUAAAAAAUUUUCUAGAUUUAAUUUCAUCUUCGGGAAGGAGAGAUCACAAGAGCAUCGAGCAACCUAUAUUGCUUAAAGAAGGGUUCAUGAUCAAGAGAGCACAAGGAAGAAAACGAUUUGGUAUGAAAAACUUCAAGAAGAGAUGGUUUCGCUUGACAAACCAUGAGUUUACCUAUCAGAAAAGCAAAGGUGAUCACCCUCUGUGUAGCAUUCCAAUUGAAAACAUUCUGGCAGUGGAAAGACUGGAGGAAGAAUCCUUUAAGAUGAAAAAUAUGUUCCAGGUGAUCCAGCCUGAAAGAAGAGUUCUGUAUAUCCAAGCAAAUAAUUGUGUGGAGGCCAAGGACUGGAUUGAUAUCCUCACCAAAGUUAGCCAAUGCAACAAGAAGCGCCUCACGGUCUACCAUCCCUCUGCCUAUCUUAACGGCCACUGGCUUUGCUGUAAAGCUACUGCGGAUAAUACUCCUGGGUGCACACCCUGCACAGGAGGCCUGCCAGCAAAUAUACAACUGGACAUAGAUGGCGAUAGAGAAACCGAGCGUAUCUACUCUCUUUUCAACUUAUAUAUGCCAAAAUUGGAGAAAAUGCAAGAGGCCUGUGGCAGCAAAUCUGUGUAUGAUGGACCUGAAGAGGAAGAAUAUUCUACAUUCAUCAUUGAUGACCCUAAGGAGACAUAUAAAACACUAAAGCUGAUUAUUGAAGGUGUUGGAACUUUAGAGCAGGAGCAUGCUCAAUAUAAGAGGGAUAAAUUUAAGAAGACAAAAUAUGGAAGCCAAGAACAUCCCAUCGGUGACAAGAGCUUCCAGACAUACAUCAGGCAGCAGUCAGAGAUCUCAGCACAUUCUAUAUGAAGUGCAAAGGAAAUCACAGGACAGUGCUGAAGGGUCAAUCAGUGAAGCUAAAUAGCAAAACAAAAGGGAAGCCACACAUGUAGCAAAAUGUAUGGAUAAGUGUCAAGCUUACAAACUUUGAGACUUGGUAAAUGUAUUCUCUUUUCAACAAACUUAUAAUAGUUGCUAUGCACUUUAUUCAUCUGGUUAUUGACAGAUGAUAAAACUCUGCCUUCUAGGCAGUUGUUGUCGUGUAUUUUUAAAUCUGCUUCGGUUUCUUGGAAUCUAGUGAUCAGUUCAAUGAUCAAGGUGUGUGGACUUCAUCUUGACAACUCCCAUGCAAUUCCUUAUGUUUCAGAAACCAAGCAUGCUGCUAAUAAGCAGCAUUUUCUAGAAUGGUGGUUUGUUACUGUUUUUUGUUCCUGUUUAAUGUAUAUUAUGCCACACCCCUGCGUGCUCUCUUAGGAAAAGCUUAGUAACACUUUAAUUCUAAUGCCUGCGUUUAGAAAAGAGGCAGAGAAAAAACCCUCUGGUGUAAUCUUUUGCGUUGUAGCUUGUAUUCUGAGCAGGCCAAGGAGCAGGCCUUUUGUUUUUACAGCAGCAUAAUUUUUGCUAAAUGUGCACAGUUUUUAAUAGAAAUUCCGAUCUGAAUGGUACUCUUGAUAUUUUUGAGAUACAGAGUCAUUUCUCCAGAGACAUUCAGCAGACUUUGUUUUCGAAGAUGCAAUCUCAGCGGUAUAAUAAAACUGACUCAGAAAUGUGAGUAAGAAAGAAAUGAACUUAUGUCAAAGCUACAUGUCUCUUUUAUGCAGUCCAGUGAAUGGUAAUCUUUGAAACUCUGCCAGCUGAAAGGCAAGGUAAGCUGAUUUUUAUGACCUUUUACCACCACAGCGAGAAGGAUGGAUAGAACACGAGUCUGGCAGCUGACACACACAGACUCCCAGGCACAAAAGCUGUCACGAUGCGUUUUCUCUGAAAGAAUGUUCAAGCACUGGAGUCCACGCUAUCCUAGUACCACUUGUUUUUCUGGAAAAUAGAUUUCUACUUUUCCAAGAAUGUUUUUAAAUACUUUUCUAAAGAGACUUGUUAAAGGCUAUUUAGUAUAUUAACAUGCAUAAUGGUAACUUGUUAAUAUUCUGAGUGCAGUGAAAAUGGAAUGAGCUGUGUAUCUCACUAAUACCAACAAAAGUCAUUAAGGAGGGGAAUAAAGAUCUGCUAAAUAUGAUAUAUAUUUAUGUAUGCUGUUUAGUUGUACACCGUAACUUUCCUCUGUGUUAGGGUCUGAUUUACAAACAUCUAGCUUUGAUGGCACAGAAGCCUGCAUGAUGGACUUUAAGCUUCUGUGGGGUAGAAGCUAACGUUGGUUUUCAGCUGAAUUGGAACAGAAAGCAUUGAACUAUCAAUCAGUUUAAUGUGAAGAAACCUGUAUUUUUGCUUAAAGUGUUACAGAGUUAACUGUGUCCUCAUUGCAUCUGACAUGAUUUAAGAUCGCUGAAGUACUUUGAAUGCCUCUGUUUGUUAGUGAUGCUCUUAGGAAUGAGGUUUUCUUUUUGUUUGAGUGUAUAGUAGACCACCUCCUAGUAGAUGAUAAAUGAUCUUUAAUUCAUCUUCACCCAGCAGACUGGGGAAAAGGAAGUAAUGCAGCAUUGCAGAGAUGCAUUUUGGACUCCAAGCUUUUAGCUGCCAUGAACUGCAUUUUUUAACAUGCAUUUGUAACUUAAUAUUGUUUAUAAAAUACUAAUGACCUGUAGUGUGUGUUCUAAUUGCCAAUUAAAAGAUAUGUUUUAUUUCUGAAAA